UGUGUUUUUUUGUUGGUUUUUAGUAAAAGUCUUUUCUAGACGACUUGACUUAACACAGUUCCUCAUUGGCCCAUUCUUCCGUCGAAACUUGAUCACUCCUCUCUUUCUCCGUUUCUCUUUGUGGAAGGUUUGUUUUUUGGAGAUCGUUUGAGCAUGGCGUCGCAAGAAUACCUGGACAAGAUGAAGCUACGCCAGAACUAUCGAAAUCUCUGGCACACAGAUCUCAUGAGAACCAUUCAGCACGACCCUCCUUAUUGUUGCUUUGCUUUCUGUUGUGGGCCAUGUGCAUCCUACAUGCUUCGGAAACGAGCGCUUUAUAAUGACAUGUCGAGGUAUACUUGUUGUGCUGGUUAUAUGCCAUGUAGUGGUCGGUGUGGAGAAAGUAAAUGUCCUGAGCUUUGCCUCUUCACUGAGGUUUUCCUCUGCUUUGGAAACUCAGUGGCCUCUACCCGAUUUCUGUUGCAAGAUGAAUUCAACAUUCAAACUACCCAGUGUGACAAUUUCAUCAUUGGUUUCAUGUUCUGCCUGCAACAAGUUGCCUGCAUAUUUUCCAUAGUUGCAAUGAUUGUUGGAAGUGAUGAGAUUCGAGAGGCGUCACAGUUACUGAGUUGUUUGGCUGAUAUGGUUUAUUGCACGGUCUGUGCAUGUAUGCAGACGCAACAUAAGGUUGAAAUGGACAAACGAGAUGGCAAGUUUGGUCCACAACCAAUGGCAGUACCCUCUGUUCAGCAUAUGUCACGCAUUGAUCGACCAAUUCCUCCUGCAGCUGGCUAUCCACCAGCAGCGUAUGAACAGCCUUAUCCAGCUCAAGGUUAUCCACCGGCUGCAUAUCCUCCUGCUGGUUACCCACCAUCUGGUUAUUCAAGGUGAUCUUUCUCGUGGUUAAUUUUGGUUUCAAGCAGCCGAGGUGUGGGUUAUUAAGACAUGGAUGGAACUGGUAUAUAUUUUAUGUGUGAUUUAUUUCUCCCAUUGCUGAUUUAAACAGCUCAAGGUUUAGAAAAUCGAUACUAUCAACUUGCUUAUCCUCAAUAAUUUUCUUUUACUUUAUUUUCCUUAACUCUGGUGUGUAUGUAAACAAAUAUCGUCAAAGCUUCUGAUCUCCUGGUAUUUACGCUUUUGAGAUUGCUAAAGAUUGCCAUUUUGACAUCUACUAUCAAAUCGAAUCGGCUCAUGUCUGCAUAAUGCUUUGUUCAACAAGGGUUAUUGAUUGAAACAAUUGCCUCCCAAAGAAUAUGAGAUAUUCCCUGGUACUUGGCGAGUCUGAAAAUGCAGAAUUAGAUCAAGGUUAUUCCCACGUUAACUCUAUUAGUUGAUUGCAAUCUAUGUUCAAGCCUGUAAUCACAAAUAAUUUUGAAAAAAAAUAUCAAAUUUGAAAAGGGUUUAAAAAAAUCUGAUGAAAAUUUUGAA